UGUUGGAAGGCUGUGUUCCUGAAUGGAGUGAGCGAGGACUCAGGGGGAAAACUUUGCCAACGUGACAUUUUUGGUUUCUCUCUCCUCACCUGGACUCAAGGAUGAUGCUCAAGAAAGUACGAUUCAAGGAUCUCCAUGUGUCGCAGGGAGCUGUGGACAGCUCAGUGGACAUGGACCGUCUGAACAGGAACAUGCCGGAGUGUGGACGCCAAACCCGCCAGGUGUUACAGAGCACUCCAUUGGACCUGAUCGAGACCGGGAAGGGGCUGAAGUUCCAGGCAGAGCGCCCCCACCUGGUCAGCCUGGGUAGUGGUCGACUGAGCACAGCCAUCACCUUGCUGCCUCUCCCUGAGGGCCGGACCACACUGGGUCAUGGACCCAUGGACAUCAGCAUCCAGGGCCCUGGGGUGGCUGCCCAGCACUGCUACAUAGAGAACAGGUCAGGGCUCAUCACGCUGCACCCCUGUGGGAACCUGUGUGCUGUGGAUGGGCUCCAGGUCACACAGCCCGUCCGCCUGUCACAAGGCUGCAUGCUGUGUUUUGGCCAGUCAGCCUACUUCCGCUUCAACCACCCUGAAGAAGCCUUCAGGAUGAAGAGCAUGGUGCCGCAGGGAGGGAGUGUCUCCACCGGGGACUACAGACUAUGUCCAGACUCGGAGAGCUUUGUCAAUGGGAAUCACCAGGCCAGUCCAGUCCAGUCUCCCCCAGCUCCUGGAGAGAGAGUCCAGUCUGAGCAUAGUGCAAUCGUCAGCUCUAUUGAGAAGGACCUCCAGGACAUCAUGGACUCCCUAGUCAUGGAUGAUCCCCAGCCUUCUUCAUCGGAGGGCAAAAAGCCCCCUGGGGGCCAGGCCAUUCCCCACUCCCCUCUGUCUCCCAUGGUGAAUGGAGGGGGCCGGUAUCUGCUGUCCCCUCCCACCAGCCCAGGGGCCAUGUCUGUGGGGUCCAGCUAUGAGAAUACAUCCCCUCCCUUCUCUCCCCUCUCCUCUCCCUCAGCAGCCAGCAGUGGGAGCUUUACCAGCCCGUCUCCUAGUGGAGGACCCCAGGACCAGAGUUCGUCUCUGCCGCCAGUGCCUGUACGCUCCUCUAGCUACAACUUCACCACCCAGCCUCCGCCUGUACCCCAGCCACGGACCAUUCUGCCUUUUAGCAGUGGUGGGGUGGGCCAGAAGGUUCAGGAAAGCCCCAGGCUGCAGAGGAAGGUCCUAACUGAGGCUCCUCCAAGCCCCAAGCCAAGCCGCAGAGGGCUAGGCCAAGAUGGAUCAGAGAGCCCCAGACAGACCCCUCUUCUGUCCUCUACUGAAUCUCUCAGCAGUAGAAACAUUGUGCCAAGUAGCCCCAGACUCACUCCCAAAUUCCCUACCUGUCCAUCCCCUUCACCCUCUAGUCCAAGGACCAAGACAACCAUGGUACUCCAGGAAAGGCCUGCCAGCCCUUUCAGAGAGCAGACCAGUGUAGCUGAUGGCUCCCUAACCUCCAGCCCCUCCAGGCAGCUUUCCCAACCCACCAGAGCCUUCCAGCCUCCCCUGGACCCCAUUGUCCACAUUAUCCAAGGAUCACCGCUCCAGCAGCAUCAGCGUUCACUGCAGCCCCCUGAAAGCCCUCGCAUGGCGAGGAGAAACAUGGAGCUGAAUGGUGGCAGUGCAGGGGGCAGCAGUAUGAGAGAACUGCCACCUCUUAGCCCGUCAAUGGCUCGGAGAGGCGUCCCGGUUCUCCCAGGGGCUCUCCCGGGGACAGUCCCCCUAUUGAGGACUCCAGAUAGCCCCUCAGGUCUGGGCAAGUUUGUCCCUGAGAGUCCCAGGCUCCGACGCAAGUCAGGAUCUACAUCUGAGGAGCCGUCGUGCAGCAGGGGGAUCCGAGCCCGUAGUCCGUCACCUACCUCUAUGAUGAUGGAGAGUGGUGGUGGUGCGGGAGUACGGAAGGCGAGCUUUGGGAAUUCCCUGUCACCUGCUUACAGUCUGGGGUCCCUGCCUGGCUCGUCCCCUGUAGCCAGCCCCAGGAGCCAUCGGAAGAUGUCUUCAGGUAGACCCCACCCUGGGAUGAGGGAGAGGAAGAACAGCAUCAGUGAGAUCAGUGACAACGAGGACGAGCUGCUGGAGUACCACCGACGACAGCGAGAAGAGAGGCUCCGAGAGCAGGAAAUGGAGAGACUGGAGAGGCAGCGACUGGAGACCAUCCUGAACCUCUGUGCUGAGUACAACAAAGGAGAGAGCACAGGCCUGGAGCCACUGGGCUCAGGGAGGACAGGUUUCCCCGGGGGCCUGACAGAUGGCCUGGGCCGGAGACCGUCCAUGGAAAAUGUCCUAGGAGGGACACCGUCCUCUGCCACGCUCCGCCUGCUGCAGAGACAGAGGGAGAGCGACGAGGAGAACCUGAAGGAGGAGUGUAGUAGUACAGAAAGCACUCAUCAGGAGGUGAGGACAUCUCCUGCGUCAGCACUGCACUGCAAUGGAGACAGACAGCACGAGGACUCGUCCAGUUCAGGCAGCGCAGGUCGUCUGGAGCUGGGUUACCUGGAAGACGAGCGGGUUCGCGUCCUCGCUCGGGUCGAUGAGCUCAAAACCCGGCUGAUGGAGCUGGAGCAACAACUGCAAGAGUCCAAACAAGAGGCGGAGAUGGAGCGUGCCUUGUUGCAGGGCGAGAGGCAGGCCGAGCUCGACCAGAUCGAGGCUGAAACGGACAUCAUCACUCAGCUGCAGCACAAGCUGGACGAGCUGGAGAGCGCCAUCCAGAGGGAGAAGGACAAGGAGAGGGCUAAUGUUGAGGCUGAGCGCCGGGCCCUGCAGAGCCUCCAGGAGGGCUACUCUGAGUUGAAGAACCAGCUUCAUAACUGUCCCGAGUCUCUGCGGGAACAGUUGCAGGAACAGCUCAAAAGGGACGGAGAGGUGCUGGAGGCAGGAACCAAAAAGUUUGAGGACCUGGAGUUCCAGCAGCUGGAGAGAGAGAGCAGCCUGGAGGAAGAGAGGGAGACCAUGAGCCAGCAGCUGCUCCAGGAACGAGCAGAGUACCACAACAGUGUGGCCAAGAGGAAGGAUAAGGUGUCUGCUCUGGAGAACCAGGCCAACCAGCUCGGCCUGCAGGCUACACAGGAGUGUGACCGGCUGGCCAAAGACAGGACCCUCACUCUGCAAAUGCUCCAGAAGGAGAAAGAGAGGCUGUCGGCCCUGGAGAAGAGAUACCACAGCUUGACGGGAGGGAAGAGCUUCCCCAAGUCCUCCUCGGCCAUGAGAGAGGAAGCGCUCCAUAUCAGCGAAGCUGACCUGUUGUUUGAGGAUGUCCACUCCUCCCAGCAUUCUCUCUGUCGAGCCUCUUCUUCCUACUUACAUCCCUCCCCUCCCUGUCAGUUGUACCCCAGCAGCCCUACGGAGGAGUACAUGAAGCUGUCGGAUGUCUUUAAGAUGUAUGGCAGCAGCGGCCGCCGUCAAAGCAGCACGUCCACCUCUCACGGCGGCUCGUUUGCCAUAGAUGCUGCAUUAGCUGGCGCCUGUGAGGAGUAUGUGACAGUGGGCCAGUUAAAUCAGAUGUAUGGGAUGCCAAAGGUGGAGUCGUCCCCAACUUCCCCGCUUCGCCAGCCCCUGCAGCCUGGAGCCAUAAACCCUGCCUUCUCCUGCCUCACCUCUCCUCAUGGCUCCUCCCUCUCUCUGUCUGUGGAGUACCAGUCUGAGGGCAGUAGGCCUCACCUCAACAAGCUAGAUUUAGAGCAGUGGUACCAGGAGCUGAUGGCUGGCUCCAGCCAGCUGUGUCCUCCUCUGCCAGCCAAGUGUGUGUCAGGCCGCAGGCCUGUGCUGCAGGUGUUCCGCUCUAAGCUGGACAGUGAUCCGGGCCUGUCUCUCCAUCAGCCUAAAUCAGGCUCUGCGUCCCCUCUGCAGCUCGGAGCGGCAACACUGGGACGCAACACGAGCUCAAAGCAGAGCCCCCUGCUGGCGGCCAACAGCACCGGCAGUCUGCCUCGGAACCUGGCUGCAACCCUGCAGGAUAUUGAGACCAAGAGGCAGCUCGCUCUGCAGCAGAAAGAGCCCCUGACCUCCAGACAGAACAGCGUAGAGGGCAGCUCAGCAGGUCAGCAGGUGAUCGAGGAGCAGCGUCGUCGCCUUGCUGAGCUCAAACAGAGGGCAGCGGCCGAAGCUCAGUGUCAGUGGGAGGCGCUGCACGGCUCUCAGACCCACCUCAUGACCUCCUGCUCCUCGUCGCCCUCCUACUCCCCAGUCAUGUCCUACAGCCCAGCGCUGAGCCACAGCUCCAUCGGUGGUCCUCCUCUGGUUCACCACUCCAUCCUGCACCACCAGCCCCCGUCAGCCGGAGAGCAGCCAUACGACACCCUGAGCCUGGAGAGCUCCGACAGCGUGGACACCAGCGUGUCGACAGGGAACAACUCAGCCUGCUCACCAGACAACAUGUCCAGUGUCGGAGGAAUGGACACGCUGAAGAUCGAGGAGAUGGAGAAAAUGCUGAAGGAGGCGCAGCUGGAGAAAGCCAGACUUAUCGAGUCGCGGGAACGGGAGAGCAUGGCUCGCCGGCAGAUGCUGGAGGAGGAGAGGAGGAGGAGGGAGGAGGCGGAGAAGAGACUGCAGGACGAAACUUUCCAUCGGCAGCAGCUCGUGGAGAAGGAGGUCAAAAUGAGGGCCAAGAACUUCUCUCAGGCCCGCCCUAUGACUCGCUACCUGCCCAUACGGAAGGAGGAGUUCGACCUGCGCUCCCACGUCGAGUCGUCAGGCCACAGUGUGGACACCUGCUACCAGGUCAUCCUCACAGAGAAGAUGUGUAAGGGCUACCUGGUGAAGAUGGGAGGCAAGAUCAAGUCCUGGAAGAAACGCUGGUUCGUCUUCGACCGCCUCAAAAGGACCUUCUCCUACUACGUCGACAAACAUGAGACCAAGCUGAAGGGUGUGAUCUACUUCCAGGCGAUAGAAGAGGUCUAUUACGAUCACCUCCGCAGUGCCACAAAGAGCCCGAACCCCUCCCUGACCUUCUGCGUAAAGACCCACGACCGGCUCUACUACAUGGUGGCCCCGUCGGCGGAGGCCAUGAGGAUCUGGAUGGACGUGAUCGUCACAGGAGCGGAGGGAUACACACAGUUCAUGAACUGAGAGACACACACAGGGACGGGACGGAGGGCACAGGCGACGAGCAGAUCGUUUCGGCAGGGACUCUCCCAUCACAGACUCGACAGGCCCACCCUGUUUCUGGUCCACAGCGGACACAGCGCCUUGUUUUAUGUUGUUAUGUUUUUAAUCUCACACGUUGAUUUUACUACAUAGAUGUUUUCACCUCCACAUUUUCUACACCAUUCUGUUUGGAUUGUAAAGGGAGCCUUCGGAGGACACACACACACACACACACGUAUACACACAUCUGUAUAUAAACCAAAUGUAUACCUGUCAAAGACUUUUAAAAAGCCUUUCUAUAAUGCCAAAUGGAGAUCUUGUAGUUACUGUUUGUUGAAACCUUUUGUAUUAUUUGUUUCCUUUCUUUUUUCUUUUCUUUUUUUUUUUUUACUUCUAGAGAAAAUUGCCAAAUGACAUAAUGCCAAUGUUUCGUUUGAGUGUUCCAUCAUGACUGUGCUCAGUUUAGACAGCAAGAAUUCAAUCAAAGGGUGUAAUCAAUCCAGAAAUCUAUUUGAAAGAAUCAAAAUGUGUAAAUCUUAAAAAAGAAAAAAAAAAAAAAUUAGAUAAAAGAUAGAAAUCAGUUGACAGGGACAGGAGAUGAUUUAAGAGUCCAGCACACGUUGAGUAAACAGUAAAACGUCACCUCAGCGCUGCUCUUACACGAAAGACGAACACUAAACGCAGCAUUUUCAGUCUGAUGAGGUCUCCGGAGCUACAUCCUGGUCACAUCACUUCACACGGGAUAACCAAAGCAAUCGGAAGGUAUUUUGUUGACUUUCACUUUGACGACAGCUCAGGAGCCCACUCACUCUGCAGUUCUCACUAUGGUUCGACUGAUAUGGGGUUGGAACAGCCGGUACUGGUAUUGAAGCUGCUCGUGAACAUUAUGUGAUGCAGUAUUCAGUAUAUAUAAAAACUAAGCACCACUCAAACCAGAAUAUUGAAAGUACCGUCAGAAUUAACACAUCGGUUUGCUUCAAAGCUGUCAAAGAAGUGAUCAAGUGUACGUCGAAAGUGUCCAAAAAUGCUCCCUUGAAUAAAUAGUUUGACAUUUUGGCGCAUGUGCUAACUCGCUUCCAUACGCAGAGUAAGAGGAGAACAUCAGUACCAUCCAUGUCUGUAUGCUAGAUAUCAAGCUAGAGCCGGGAGACAGUUAGCGUAGCUUAGCAUUAAGCACUGGAGCUAGCCUGGGUGUGUUUCUGAAGUUCACUAAUCACAUCCUUGUGUGACUGGUAGGCAUGUUGAGUUUACCUUUCCAUUUACUUGAAUAUAUAUAUCACUGACACAUCAGUUCUCAAGUGAAUUUCUUAAGAAAUCAUAUAACCAUGUUUCAGAAAAAUGUCAAACUAUUUCUUUCGAGGUAAAAUCUGGCAUUUUGAUGAAUACACCUCGCUGAUUGUGACAGUUUAGGGGUCUGGAUUUCCAUCUGCUUCCAGCCUCUGUGCUAAGCUAGGUUAAACAAGCCACGCCCAACAUGCCUUUAAAUAAUCUGCACAUCUUUUGGGAACUAUUAUAAAGAGGGAAAAAAAAAAAACGGGAUAAUCCAGCUCAUCAUUUGGAUGAUAAUCCAGUGGCUCAGUAUGAAUAUCAAGAAUAACCUGUAUAUUGGUCUAACCAUAGCUGCCACAUUCUCAGUGUACUUGUGAAUAUGACGAACGUGAAUAUGUCACUGUCUGUCUGAUGCCAACUCAAGGUGCAAACUGUAUGUAUCUGUGUGCACACAUAUUAUCAGAAGUAGAAGAAGAAGAGAAAAAAAAAGCUCAUCUAUUUGCCAUGUAGCCUUUAGCUAACUCGAUGAUGCUACGACACAGCUGGGAAGCGGUCAUCAUCACUGCCAGCGUAAAGCAGAACCACUAGAGGGCGCUACAGAGACCACACCGACACAGGACCACACGGGAGGAAAACCUACGGACUGAUGCAACUCUGAACUGUGCCUUGACUAUGUGUUGUUAUUGAUGGCGUGUCUGAGUCCAGCACAGCCUCGCUGGAAGGCUACAAAUGUAUGAAUGCAUUUUUAAUUUGUGUCUGUGUAACGUGGACAGGCUUGCAUGGGGUUUUUCUUCAGCACUACGGGGACAUCUGUUAGAGGCAGAGCUACUGAAGGCCCAGAGCACAGUGGGGAUCAGCUGCUUCACUGCUAGAACAGUUAGUCUAUUCAUACCAUGGAUUUUUUUUUUUUUUUUUAAAGGAACACUCCAACAAAUCUGAUGUCAAUUUCAGUGUAUUUAUCAUGGGGAGCAUUAUUCAGUCUGUGAGAUGAGCUGUAUAAUGUCUUCUGUGGCUCUGGAGGGUUGUGAUUGAGUCCGAGGUGCUGUCCACCUCCAAUCCAGGGGGAUUUCUUAAAACAACGCUUUUUCUCUGCAUUUUGGCCUAAACAUUUUAGGUCCAAAAUGACAUUGGAAAACUGCUUAGAAGUUAUUCAGAAAACUGUCGUCAGUGUUACAUUAUCUUCAUUCAGAAAUACUCAAACAAACAGUUAACAUACAAUAAUAGAAAAAAAAACCAUUGUCGAGGAUCUUCAUGAGGAGCAGUCUCACUUCACCAGUUCUGUAUAUGAAGUUAAAAUAAAAACCUAGUAUUUUCAACAACCAACCAAACAAUA